ACCAAACAAAAUUUUCCUUUUUUUUGGGAUUUUGUUCUGAUGAUCUCUCAACUUCCCUACUUCAAAACCAAGCUAAACCUCCUAAAUCAACAUAAAAUUCCAUUGCCUUCAUUCUUCUAAGUCUCAUGUCUUUUUCUCUUUAACAACCCCUUUUCUAAAAUUAAAUAAUUUUCGAUUUUAGAAUUUAAUUAAGUUGAUUCAUAUCAACAAGUCUAGAAUUAACACUUAGAUGUUUUUGAACAACAGCCUCUGUGUAAAAAAAAAAAUAAAUGAACUUCCAGGGAAACCUCCAUGACAUAUUUAACCUGUAUGCUAAGCAAGGUUAGGUAACUGACAGCUACCAUUUAAAACACACUCUUUCAAAAUCCUCCCUUUUACGGCAUUUCCUUAUCUGGGAUUCUCCCCCUUUCUUCUGUAUUCUCAGUUCAACACAAUAACUGCCAUUUGAACUGUAAAGAAGAACUGUAGUGGAUCACCCCGGAGGUCUGUUUUUGAGUUCUGUUUGCUGUUUUUUUAAUCUUCUGUAGGAUAAGAAACAAUGCAGCUUCAUAUCUCGCCAAGUUUGAGGCAUGUAACGGUACUUCCAGGGAAAGGUGUUAGAGAAUUCAUCAAAGUCAAGGUUGGUUCAAGACGGGUUUCCUAUCGAAUGCUUUUCUAUUCGCUUCUCUUCUUCACAUUCCUUCUUCGGUUUGUCUUUGUUUUGUCAACUGUUGAUACCAUUGAUGGUGAUCAUUCCAAGUGUUCCACCAUAGGUUGCUUGGGGAAAAGAAUAAGACCAAGGAUCUUGGGAAGAAGGAUUGAGUCAAAUAUCCCAGAGGUGAUAUACCAAAUACUAGAUAAACCAGUAAGCAAAGAUGAAGUACAAGGAAAAUCUGAUAUUCCUCAAACAUUAGAAGAGUUUAUGGCUGAAAUGAAGGAAAGCAGAUCAGAUGCAAAGUCCUUUGCUCUAAGGCUUAGAGAAAUGGUAGUUCUACUUGAGCAAAGAGCCAGAACAGCCAAAAUCCAAGAAUAUUUGUACCGCCAUGUAGCAUCAAGCAGCAUACCAAAACAGCUCCAUUGCUUAGCAUUAAAACUAGCCAAUGAACACUCCAACAAUGCAGCUGCUCGCCUCCAGCUCCCUUCACCAGAACUCGUCCCUGCCCUUGUCGACAACUCUUACUUCCACUUCGUCCUCGCCUCAGACAAUGUGCUUGCAGCCUUCGUUGUUGCAAAAUCCCUUGUAAAAAACGCCUUCAGCCCUGAAAAAUUUGUGCUACACAUAAUAACAGACAGGAAAACUUACUCUCCCAUGCAGGCCUGGUUUUCAUUGCAUCCUCUAAUGCCUGCUAUAAUUGAGGUUAAGGCAUUGUAUCAAUUUGAUUGGCUUUCAAAGGGGAAGGUGCCUGUUUUGGAAGCAAUGGAAAAGGAUCAAAAAGUAAGGUCUCAGUUCAGAGGAGGGUCAACAGCAAUAGUAGCAAAUAACACAGAGAAGCCUCAAGUUAUUGCAGCAAAACUACAAGCUCUCAGUCCUAAGUACAACUCUUUGAUGAAUCACAUUCGGAUACAUUUACCCGAGUUGUUUCCCAGCCUCAACAAGGUGGUCUUCCUGGAUGAUGACAUUGUGAUACAAACUGAUCUUUCACCUCUAUGGGAUAUUGAUAUGAAUGGAAAAGUGAAUGGAGCAGUGGAGACAUGUAGGGGUGAAGAUUCAUUUGUCAUGUCAAAGCGGUUCAAGAGCUAUCUCAACUUCUCCCAUCCUUUGAUUGCCAAUAAUUUUGAUCCAAAUGAAUGUGCAUGGGCAUAUGGCAUGAACAUCUUUGAUCUUGAUGCUUGGAGGAAGACCAACAUUAGCCUUACAUACCAUCACUGGCUUGAAGAGAACUUGAAAUCAGACCUCAGUUUGUGGCAACUGGGUACAUUACCCCCUGGUCUAAUUGCAUUCCAUGGCCAUGUUCAUGUUAUUGAUCCAUUUUGGCACAUGUUGGGAUUGGGGUACCAGGACAAUACAACUUUAGCUGAUGCUGAGACAGCUGGGGUCAUCCAUUUCAAUGGCAGAGCAAAGCCAUGGCUGGACAUAGCCUUCCCUCAACUUCGACCUUUGUGGGCUAAAUAUAUUGAUUUUUCAGAUAAAUUCAUCAAGGGCUGUCAUAUUAGGGCAUCCUGACAGGAACUUUUGAGAGAGUAUAGUGACCCAUAUUGAUGAUAAAAUACAUGUUUUUAUAUGAGAAAGAAAAGAGGAGAGUUCUUUACAAAUUCAAGGCCUUCAAUACAGAUUCUGAAAUCAUAACAGUAACAGGUUUCUGAUUUUUUUGGAACUCUUUUUCCCUGGUUGUGAAAUCCAUCACUCACUCUUCACUAAUGAUAAUUUCUCUUUAAAAAAUUUUUUUUUUCCUUCUGUAUUGAGAUAAAGCAUCUUCAAGAUUGGAGCACACUAGUAUUUAUUUGUUGUAGCACACCAAAAAUGUCUAGAUCUGAUUCUUGAGACUUAAUGAAGAACCAGAAAUUGAAGCUUGCAAAUAUACCAUGGUAAGUACCGAUGAGCUGUUAGUUCAGUGAUACUAAAAUUGAUUUCAGAAUUGAUGGUCUCGAGUUCAAUUUCGGAUUCUGAAAUAUAAC